AUGCAGAUUCGAAUCAUUUUAUGGCUGUACAUAUCUCUGAUUCUGAUUGAGCUAUGCAUUGGAAUCUCGAGUCCUCUUCAACCAUUUACUACCUAUAAGCACACCGUAGAACUUCAGGCAAAUGUGGCUCAACUUUGGUGGACAGUGAAUGAUAUUGAGCAGGAGAUUACGUUUGAAUUGCAUGUUAACACUGUCGGAUGGAUUGGUUUGGGUAUUAGUCCAGCUGGAGGUAUGCAAGGUGCUGACAUCGCCGUUGCAUGGGUCGAUACUUCUGGCAAAGUUCAUAUUCAGGAUCGAUUUGCAUUUGAUAAAAUAAAACCAAUCUUAGAUAACACAACUCAAGAUUGGUUUGCACUUCGAGGUCAAGAACAAAAUGGAUGGACAGGCAUUCAAUUCAAACGUUAUUUUGAUACUUGUGAUCCAAUGGAUGUUCCUAUAAAGUCUGGCACCAAUAUUCUUAUAUUUGCCUAUGGUCUUGUUGAUCUUGAUUUGUGCCAAUCAAACGUCGAUAUCACGUAUCAUGAUAAUCGAAGAGGUUCACGUAUAUUACCACUUCGAUCGUAUGUCGAUCAACCUGCCGAAGACACGUUGCUUGGACUUGAAACCAUCGACUUACGUUUCAACAAUACCACCGCAUAUCCGGAAGAAACCGGUUAUGCUGUCACCAGUGAUACGGGCAGUAAAUACUUCAUGAUCAAAAUACAUUAUGACAAUCCGCGACAAGUCUCCAAUCUCCAAGAUAGUUCAGGCAUUCGAUUUUACCUUGCAAAUGAUCUUCGAAAAUAUGAUCUUGGGUACGUUCUGUUUGGAACUUUGUCUAGGCCAACAAGUCUUGCCAUUCCACCGAAAGCCGAACAAUUUAUUGUCGACUCCUAUUGUCCUCCUGAAGCGACUCGGGUAUGCGCAAUGCUUUACUUAUAA